AUGCUUUGGAUCCUGAGAGAUUAAUGCAAUGUCCAUAUAAUAAGCACCAUCAAAUAAGAGCCUCUCGGUUUCCCUAUCACCUGGUGAAGUGCAAGAAGAACUAUCCUGACAUUGCAAAAGAAUUGGCCACGUGCCCCUUCAACGCUCGCCAUCUGGUUCCUCGGGCUGAUCUCUCCAAUCACUUAACGAAGUGCAAUGACAGAGGGUUCAUUGAGCAAGACAUAGUGAAUCAGUCUACUGGCUUCCAGAGAAAGCAAUUGAAUGCUGUGAGCACAUGGCAGGCACCUCCAUGUGCUGAAGACUGGGAAACAGAUUCGUUGGAGCAGUCAGGUUCUCCUUUUGUCUGGGGCAUGACCAAGUCUGAUGGAAAAAGUUCCAGUGCCACCUCUGAAGAAAAGAACCGCUUGCCUUCAAGAUUGCGUGCCCCUGAGUUCCUGCCAUACACCAUCUCAUGGAAGGGCUGUAAGUACUGUGUGAUUUUGAGACUGUGA